GAGAGAAAGAGAGUGUGUGUUUUUGUGUGCGGGGAUUCACAAACCUCAUUUCUCUCUUUAAAUGAGGAAUCCGGUCAGUGUGAUAGAAUGAUCUUGGCGAUUCAUCUGUGAUAGUCACAGACGGACACACACGGAGACCUUUCUUCAUAGAUAGGCUUUAGUUUCUGCCAGAUAACAAAAAUGGAUAGCUCAGACAAGGAGAACAGGUCGGAUGAAGAAUUUGAAUCACCCGAGGAAGAGGAAGUGGACCCGAGAAUUCAGGGUGAGCUUGAGAAGUUGAAUCAGUCUACAGACGACAUCAACAGAUGUGAAACUGAGCUUGAGGACGCCAGGCAGAAGUUUCGCUCUGUGCUGGUGGAAGCCACAUUAAAGCUGGACGAGCUGGUGAAGAAGAUUGGCAAAGCGGUGGAAGAAUCCAAACCAUACUGGGAGGCCCGGCGUGUGGCACGACAGACUCAGCUGGAAGCGCAGAGAUCAACACAAGACUUCCAGAGGGCCACAGAGGUGCUGCGGGCGGCCAAAGAGACCAUCGCUCUGGCUGAACAGAGGCUGCUGGAGGACGACAAGCGGCAAUUUGACUCGGCCUGGCAGGAGAUGCUGAACCACGCAACACAGCGAGUGAUGGAGGCUGAGCAAAUCAAAACACGCAGCGAGCUACUGCACAAAGAGACCGCUGCCAAUUACACCGCUGCCAUGAGCCGUAUGAAACAGCAGGAGAAGAAGCUCAAACGUACCAUCAACAAGUCAAAGCCCUACUUUGAAAUGAAGGCGAGGUAUUACUUGCAGCUUGAGCAACUAAAGAAGAAUGUGGAUGACCUGCAGGCCAAGCUGACGCAGGCUAAAGGGGAAUAUAAGUCGGCUCUGAGGAACCUGGAGAGGAUCUCCGAUGAGAUCCACGAGCGCAGACGUUCUUUGGGCAUCGGCCCACGAGAGAGAGGUGUGGGUGCAGAGGGUGAUGGUGUCAUCGGUGAAGACUUGUCUGGCUUUAAAAUGGAGUCUGAUGGAAUAUCAAUGGCUUCCGGGUCAUAUGAGGAUGAAAACUGCAGCACGAGUGCCAUGUCCGAGGAAGACUCUGAGACUCAAUCCAACAGCAGCUUCAGUUCAGGGCCUAACAGCCCUGUGGACCUGCCCUGUCCGUUCUCCUCAUCCUCCUCCUCAUCCUCCACUUCCCCAAUCCCGUCCUCUCGCCCUUGCAGUCUGGACCUGCCCAGCACCGUCUCCUUGUCUGACUUCAGUCUGAUGUCUCCAAUCCUUGGCCCACGCAGUGAAUGCAGCGGUGCCUCGUCCCCCGAGUGUGACUUAGAGAGAGGUGACCGAGCAGAAGGUGCGGAGGCCGUACUGGACAACGUUCUCAAUAACAACAGCAUCAGCAACGCCAAAACAACCUUCAGCCUGGACAGCCGUUUCCGUCUGCUGUCUCUAAAACUGAGCCGGAACGACAGCAGAAAAACCGUUGUUCGAGACCCCCUGGGUCUGGUUCAACACCCCUCGCCAGCCACAAUCCUGCUCGAUGGGAUGUGACCGCAGACACUGAUGUAUUCAUCCACAGUCUGUGCUGUCGAGAGACUCUCCACUUCACCCGUGUGUCAUCCAGCUCAUUCCUCUCACUGUCUACAAUGUUCCAGCAACUUUGAGACUCAAUUCAUGAGUUGAAAAAAGCAACCCUCGUGACACGAUGUGCUGAGGAGACAAAUCUGCCAUUUUGGAGGAGCACAGAGCUGACUUAAGCUUUGAAAAGUGGACAAACAUCUCCAUAAAUGCUAUUAAUUGUGUCAUUUCCACGUGUUCUAGAAAGUAGGAAGACACUUAAAAAGGGAUAGUUCACCCAAAAUUGUUAAUUUACUCACUAUUU